AUGGGCAAGUCCUGGGCGCUCAUCAGACACCUCCACACCGUCGCCGGGCCGAGCAUUACCCUGCUGUACCCUCUGUACGCGUCGGUGUGCGCCAUGGAGAGCCCGUCCAAGGUGGACGACGAGCAGUGGCUGUCCUACUGGAUCAUCUACUCCUUCAUCACGCUCCUGGAGAUGCUCGCCGAGCCGCUCCUCUACUGGAUCCCCGUGUGGUACCCGGCGAAGCUGCUGUUCGUGGCCUGGCUCGUGCUGCCGCAGUUCAAGGGCGCCUCCUUCAUCUACGAGAAGCUCGUCAGGGAGCAGCUCCGCAAGUACCCGCGCAAGGGCAAGGGCAAGGGCAAGGGCGACGUCGACGACGAUGACCACAAGGUGCACAUAGCCAAGCUACACUGUAACAUGAUAGAACGCAAUGAGUUCAGCAUGAUAGAACACAGAGUGCACGGUGAUACAGCAAGCACGGUGAAGGCCAGUACCUUGUUAUCAGUUAACAGAUACUGUAACAUGAUAGGACGCAAUAGUACAGUAGUACACGGUGUUAACAGUGUUGCAUCCUGGAGAUCAAGGAAACCAACUUUGCACAGAAAGGAGGAUGUGAACUUCAGCCUCUUAUUAAAGGGUUCCAAGACCUGA